AUGGCGUCAGAGGCGGAUCGACUCCGUCUUGAGCUGCGCGCGUCGCGGGCCGAGUGCGCGGAGCUGCGGAGCCGAUUAGAGAAGGCGGGCCCCGCGGGGAUAGAGCGCGCGCAGUAUGGCGUGGGAGGGGAGCGAGAGGCGGAGCUGGCGCAGCGCGUGGAGGAGCUCACGCGGGAGGUGGAGGCGGAGCGACAAGAGGCGCAUCGCGCGAGGCGGUUCCACGAAGAUGAGCUGACGAUGCUGUUGGCGUCGAAUAAAGACAAAGAAGCCGUCUGGACGAGAAAAGAGAUGGAGUUGGAGCAGGAGUUGCGCGAGUUGAGAGAGCAGCUGAGCGACGCGCGGCAAGGCCACGCGCUCGGCGGGCAGCUGCAGGCGCUCGAGGACCGCCUGGCGGACGCGCGCGAGGUUGUUCCGCUGUCUCACUCUCCCUCCUCCACCCCUCAACAGAUGGAGCAGGUGCAGGACGAGUUGCGGCGGGAGCGCGAGCUGCUGCGCAGCACGGAGACGGUGGCGGAGGCGGAGUGGCUGCGCCGCGUGGCGGCGGAGCGCGCGAACGCGGCGCUGCAGCGCGACGUGGAGCGCGCGCAGCUGGACGCGGACGAGCUCUGGAGCGCGCUCGAGGCGUUCCGCGCGGAGGGCGCGGGGGUCGCGGAGCAGCUGCGCGUGCAGAUGGAGGCGGCGGUGCGCGAGGCGGCGGAGCGCGAGCGCGCGCACCGCGCGGCCAUGGCGCGCGUUGACGAGGAGGUGGAGCGGCUGGCGGAAGAGGCGGAGGCGGCGGCGGAGCGCGAGGAGCUGGCGGCGCAGCUGAUCGACCGCCUUAAGGACCACAACGCGCUACUCGCGCGCCAGCUCGCCGCCAUGGCCAAGCGCGCGGGCGCGGGCGCGGGGGGGGCCGCGCGCGCGGUGGGGGAGAGCGGCCAUCUGCUCCUCUCCGGCGCCACUCCCAUAGCUAGCAGCGGAGCCCUGCAGGCGAGGGCAGCUGUGGGGUUAAAAGAGCUCCAGGCGAGCCGCGACGCGCUGCGAAUCGCCAUGCGGGGGGUGAGAGAGCGAGCUGCGCUGGCUGCUGAGGCGCAGCAGAGGGCCGCGGGGGGUCAGGGCCGGAGAGGGAAGGCGGGGAGGAAGGCGGAGGCGGGAGCGGUGGGGGAGAUGUUAGCAGAGGUUGAAGAGGAGGUGGUGGAGGGGCAGAGUCUGGUGGAGAGGGCUGAGAGGAUUGUCGCGAGAAUGGCUGCGUUGGAGAGUAAAGGUGCGGGUGUGGGGAAGAAGAUGGAGGGGAAGAGGAAGAGGCUUGCUGAGCUGGAGGCGAGGCUGGGGCUGGCUCCUAGGAGAGGUGCGGGAGGGGGUCUGUCUUGCCUGCUGCCGUUCCACCGGGGCAGCUGA